AUGCAAUCUGCCCAAAUUACUACUUCCAUUCCUCUUCUACCAAAUGAGACGGUCAACGAAUUGGAAGAACGAUUCAAAAAGCAACGCUAUGUCACGGCGACUGAACGCGAAGAAUUGGCUCAGUGUCUCGGUCUGACUGCCACACAGGUCAAAAUCUGGUUCCAAAAUCGUCGUUACAAAUGCAAACGGCUUGCUCAGGAUCGAACAUUGCAAUUGACUCAGAUUCCAUUCAAUCCUAUGUUUGCUUCAGCGUUUCCAUUUGGCAUCAACAGUUUCGGAAGUGUCCCUUCAUCCAGUUCUUAA